AUGUUCCUUCUUUCAGUCCUGGGAUUCGCCGUGUACAUCCCACGAUCCUACUUUGAGAGCUGGGCCUACCACCUAAAGCUCGGCUUCUCUAAGAUAACACCAAAUUACUACCUCAAGGGGAAAUUCACAAAGGCCCAUUUUUCUGCCUACCAGUCAUCCAGCGACAGUGACGACUCCGAUAGAGACAGCACCGAAGAUAGUCGAUACGACACUGACCUAACCGAGCCUGACGAUGAAGACGAGGAGGACCAACUGCGGGACUCUGGUGACGCAGCCCUGCUCUUUGCGGAUAAUGAGCAUCCGCCGGAGUACUAUAUCCAGCAAUUGGAGAACUUCGACGAGACGAUCUAUACCCAAGAAGACUAUGGCAAAGGCACCACUGCUCUCCUUGACCGGGUUGAGGAAAAAUGGUCCCAAUUCUGCGCUUUUCUUCGAAAGGAUCCCCAAGAGGAAUUCACACGUCUGUCUGUGGCGAUCUUGUAUAAUUUCCUAGACCGGGUGAUCCGACGGUUAGCCAAGAAGCACAAGCUGUCUCUCAAAAGACGCGAUAAGCCUCCUCUGGAUGUGAAAGAUUUGGCAAAAGUUGUCGAAACCACCAUCAGCACAACCGAGAAGAAAUUUGGGCACGGCCGCCAUCGCAUUGAAUUGGGACUCUUCUUGCAGCUUGCCGGUCUCACAACAAACCGUCCUCAGGCCAUCUUAAAUCUCAGAUAUCGGCAUAUUCAAGUCAGCUUGCUCCGCGACCCUCAGGGCGGACCCCAUCGGAUCGUAAUCGAAUUUACUUUCGAAUUCACCAAGGAGUGGUUGGGUGCUAAAGAGGCAAAUCGGCCGCGGAGGCUCACGACCGCGCAAUUAGAAUCCGUCAGUCAACAACCGGAAAUAGUCGCUCUGGUUCGUCGGCGCGAUGAGCUUAGUCGACAAAUGGGACGUCCUUUGUCGAAACACGAAGGAACACAGGAAUAUGUGAUGCAUAAGAAAUUGAAUCAAGAGAUCGCGGGUACCAGGCAGCGUGCGCGAGAUGCCCUACUUUCUCAGAUCCAAGCCAAAUACGAUCGAGAGCAGCCGAUGCGAGAAAUCCAACGCCAGCUGUCUGGAGUCAAGUUAGCUGAGGCGGAGAAACCCUUGAAGUGUUCAGAGGAGUUACCUGCUCCACAGAAACGACUGAUGGAGAGCCUUCUAACCUUGCCUCGGCCGACAAUAGAGGAGGAGAUAGCUAGGCGGACGGAAGCGAUUGACGCUGUGGCCGCUUAUUCUCUCUUUGAAGGUGACACGUGCCGUCUCCCACGAGACAAACGCUCUCCCAGGGACUGUGUUGCUGUGGUGCCAGUCCAUCAAGAUGGAAGUAUGCAAGAUGCCAAGAUGACAGAAACUAUUUCCCUCGCGGGUGAUCCACUGCAAGCUGCAAUUCGAUCCGUGAUGAGGGACAGGAGUUCCAUACGGGAGGAUAAGGGAUCCCAGGAGAAGGUUAAGAGACCUUUAUUCUGUUUUAUCUGUCUGGGUCAACCAGACUUGGAUAUUAAGAAGCGCACGUACAAAUUCUCGAGCCCCGGAGAUGUGUCCAAACAUAUCAAACGAAAACACCUUCGGCAUAUCUCAGAACUAUCUGAUAUCACGUGUAAUAUUUGCGAUGAGCGGUUUUCUCGCAAAAUGCACCUGCAGCGGCACGCCAUUGACGUGCAUGCCACUGUAACCUGA